AUGGCGCCAGACGAGGCUGAGCGCUGGGGCCUUGCGACGCCGAGUCGGCCGCCUGCGCGCCGCCCGCGUCUUCCCCCAGGCGCUCCCACGUUGCUCUCCGAAUCGCCCCUUUCUUCCACUUCGCUCUCGGCGUCUCCGGACCUCACGCGACGGCCUGCGCGCUGCUCCCUGGUGUCUCCUGCGUCAGCCCCCGAGGCUAGCUGCAAGCCGCGAUCCAGAGGGAAAGCUGAGGACGGCGCCUCCGCCAAACAGUCACGUCUAGCAGCAGGUGAAUGGAAGCCUCGCGCGUCCGGGACUGCGUCCCCGAACGCCUCUCGCUUGAUUUCCUCCGCCGCUUCGCCUUCUACCCGCUCGCGCUCUUCUCUGUCGCCUCCAUCGGUUUCCCGGUCUCUGUCUCCUUUCCUUCCUUCUGCGGCCCGCGGCCUCCAAACCUCCGAGCGCCCCGCCGGCGAGCCUGCCCUGGCCGCGGGUGCCGCAGCUCUGCGUCGGCAUUUCGCGGAGCUCGUCCGGGGCUUGUUUUCUCAGCUGGCCAAAGCCGGGUCGGGGUCGACUCUUCCCUGCGGGAACAGCGGCUCUCCGGAGGCAGGUCCAACGCCCUCCGCUGGCGAGCCUCGCAUGCAGAGAAAGCCCCGAAAGGAAGGAAGUCGGACAGCGGGCGGAGACAGAACGUGCUCUGGCGAAUCCAGCGGCGACCAAGCGGAUGCCAACCCGCAGGUGGCCGUGGCGUGUGCCGAGAGGAGUAGCCGAAAGGAUAACGAGGAUUUCCCAGCUCUCGCGACCGCCUGGAGAGAUCUGUGUCGCGACCCCGCGAUGGUCGGAAGCCGCGGAAGGUGCUCCGAGGCACCAGUCUCCCCGGAUGGGACGCUUUCAGUGCUGUCCUCGGGGGACAGAGACUCGCCAGGCGCGUGGAGUCUCCGGCGAACCGCCGCGCAUUUUGUCGGGGAGGGAGAUGUCCGUGCGCAGGGGGAGUCUACGAAUGACGGGGAGAGGGAAAGUUCUUCUCAGGUUGCACAACCUGGCCGACAGAGGCAACGCGAACGCGCAGCCCGAAAGGACGAAGCCGAGAAGACCGGGGAGGGUGUGGAGCGUCGCCAAAGCAGUGCGGCUCUUCCGCUCGCGACGGCCAGUGUCUGUGGGGCUUUGUCGGGUCCGGCGGCAGUGCUGGACGCUGGCGUUGCCGACGAGGAAUCGGCGUUUCAUGUUGAGAACAUUCUCGAAAACACAGAGCGUCGGGAGGAGUUGGCGGAGUACGCCAACAUUUUCGCGCCUCUCUUUGGCGCCGACCCUCAGGACCUCUCUUCCCACGGACGGUCAGUGCUCCACUGCGUCGCGCUAGAACUGCAAAUCCUGCGGCGAACGAAGGAGGGGCACGCCCAAAGCGAGCUGGCGCCUGCCGGGGUACGUACACUCCAGACUCCCGGCGAAGCGCACGUCUCGCCGUGCCAAACGCCGAAAGCCUUGCACGCACUGACGCGGGUCACAGCCUCCCCUGAGCAGACGUGUUGUUCGUCGUCGUGUUCCUCUCUCUCCUCUCUUUCUUCUCCUGCGUCGCCAGUGUUCCGCGAAGGAGCGAGUGCGGCGCUCGCGGGUGCGCUCUGUGCCGAGGAAGGAGGAAGCGCGGAAGGCGAGAACGAGAACGUCGCGCUGAAAGGCGCGAGUCGAGCCGCGCUGCAAGACGGUCCUCGGGCAACGCAGCGCGAACAGGAACGAGAGGAAAGGGACGGCGGCGCGGGGACGGAGGAAAGGGGAGAACGGAAGCGAGGCUCCAACGACGCCACGCGCUCGGCGGUGAAGGAGAUUCUCGACAUUCCCACGGGGGCUGUUUUCGGCAAAGUAGCGCCAGACGGCGUCAGCGACGACGUACUUUUCCACUUUUCUUGCCGCCGAUCCCAGUCCGACGAUCUGUCUGCUCUUUUUCUCCGCGGCGACUGUGCGCUCCCGGGGUUGGACCACGCGUCGCCUCGCUCUUUGUUUUCCCUUUCUUCGCAACCCAGUCCCGCGUGUGUGUCCUCGCCAGGCUCGCCCGUCAUGGCUGCUCCUGCGCCGUACACCGUCCGCCUCGGCACGCAGUUCGCUCUGUGCCUCGACCCCACAGAGCGCGAACUGGACACCGGGACUCCCGAGGACCUCGAAUCUCCGAGCUUCAUCUGGCAGUCCACAGAAGAGAGCGAGUACGACGGCUCGACGUUCCAGGCGCCGCCGCCAGAGUUGCCGGUUCUCGACGGCGAGGGGCGAGAGCACACCGAGAGGGUUGCUGGCGAGAACACUGGCCCGGACUUCUUCUGUCUCGCUCUCUGCGCGGCAGCUCGCCGGGCGAGUCAGUGUCCCGCAGCUAGCCACGACACGGCUGGCCCCUUCCUGGCGUUUCCUGCGCACGACGCCGUCGCAGACGUCGCUCGAUGGGCCGAGGACAGGCGCGACCUGGCGCGCGCGGGAGACGAGAAGGUCGAGCCGUGUCGAGGGCGCGCUGCCUUCUUCGCCCCCCGCAGCGCGUCUCCGUCUCGAUCGGCCGCGCCGCGUUGCUUGCUUCCCUCGCUGGCCCCCUUUGGCGAGACGGCUCAUGUCUUCUCCCUCGGGGAGUUGUUUCCGCUCGGAGACGGGCACCACUGGACUCGGGCAUCCGACGACUUCACUCCCUCGGCUUCCCGCGUCUCUGCAUGCGAAGGCGAGCGCACCUCGGGAGCUCCGCCCGUGGACCUGCCGCUUCUCGCGGCGAGUCGGGGGCCGCUUGCCGUCUCGGACAUCUCCUCCGCGGCGCCGCUCUCCCUCGCGGUUUGCCGCAGCUCCAUCGGGCGGCCUGGGGCGUCGGCAAUCGACGACGACGGCGAGAGGACAAAGGGUGAGGACCGCAGCGGUUCGUGGCUGUCGCCGCGAUCCGUAGCUGUCCUGCGGCAGUCCUUGCCGCCCGACACGGACGGCCCCGAGUCUCUGUUGGCUUCUCUGCGGCAACGGAUAGGGGGCUGGGGCUUCGACCUGACUGCCGGAAAAGGAGAGAAAGGCCGGGGAUCGGAGCGCGAGGCGAAGCGGAGCGAGGGGAGCGCCAAGCGAGGGGAAGAGGCAGGCAAUGCAACGGUGCACACGCGAGAGGCAGAGCUAAAGGGUGAAGAUCUGCGAACAGGAAAAGAAGGCGGAGGAACGCCAUUGACGGCGGGGAAUGAGUCUCCGAACUGUGUGCCAAAAAUAAAUCCAGGUGCUUCAUCCGGCGCCACUUCCUCCACGACCCCAGACGAACAAGCGAGAAACGCUAGCAACCCGCCACAUUCGCCCACUUCUUCUGCGUCUGUUUCAUCUCCCCCAUUCUAUUCUGAUGCUGUAGCCACCUCUUCCUCUGCUGCCUCGAUUUUCGGGCCUCCUUCCUCUCUGUCCCUGGCGACCUCCCCAGGAGUAGGUGGCCAGGAGGGAGACAGGACGGAGACCUCGGAUCCGAGGGCGGGGGAUUCCGUGGAAGAUCCGAGGAACCGCUGCUUCAGCCCAGCCUCUGCGAGGGGAAGUGGAAGUCAUCUCGCUUCCCAUGUAACUUUAGAUGGAUCCACUGAAGCAUGGAGACGCGCGAGCGAAUUGAGCGCCCCUCUCCGAGAUCGCGCUGUCGCAGUGAAAACAGCGACUCACGAGAACGCGAAGGAAAGAACGCGCAUCUACGCUUCUGACUCAGGCGCUCGUUUCGUUGCGUCCUUGAAUCUCGGGGUCGAGCAGUGCAGCACCACCAGCGGAAUCUCAAGUCGAGACAGCUCGACGCCCCCAAUUCCCCAUCGGCCGCCCUCGUCUGGCCCCCCUUCGCAGGCGCGUGCAGGAAGCAGUGGAGAGGGCUGGUCGGCUUCACCUCUUGCACCAGACCGGGUGUCUUUUUCUGUUUCUCCCAAUGACGCUCCACGUCGCCAGGCAUCUCGUCCAGCGGUGGCCGGUGAUGUAGGGUCACCGCUCAUGUCAGGUGCACGAGCGAAGUGGGAAGAAGCAAGAACGACCGGAAGCGUCAGCAGUGGUGGCCCCGCAACUGCGCACCCUGUCGUAACGAUCGGGCUGGUUGGACGGCCCGGUGGUGCACACAACCUCGUCACGCCCAUUAGCAGUGAAACCGCACUGACCACGGGAGAUUUCUCUGCGACGCGAGUUGUCCGUUUGAGCAACAAGGCAAUGGAACUUCCCUACGUGCACGGCGUGCGGUUUGAAGCUGAAGCAUUCGCGUGGACGGCAAAGAUCGGCUCGGAAUCUCGACGGUUCCUGGUGAAGAAACACGGCUUCCAGAAGUCGCGUCUCUGCGCCAUCGAGAAAAUUCAACAAUGGAGGGCGACCCUCUCGCCAGAGGCUUUGGAACGCGAGCUCGAAGAGGAGCGCCAGGUUGUGGCGAGCUUGCCUGCUGAUCCGUGCCUCGCCACAGAGGCCGCGCCGCCGCCUCCGGAAGAGGUGUCUAGCCAGAGAAGCGGCGCGAGCAUUUCUUUGGAGGAGGGCGAGGGUGUGCGCGCAGACCUCGAAGGACGUUCUGAAGAAGGCUCUCGAAAGCAGCGAAGGACAAAGAGCGUGGGGACACCUUCCGCUGCUCUCUACAACGCCCAGGCCUCUUCGGCCCUCUCUGUUUCUCCUCUGGCUCAGCCGGAUGUUUCCAGACUAGACGCGCCAGCAACUUCUUCCGCGUUUUCUCUGUCCCCCGAUGCGCAGUGUAUGUACACCGGACGGGCGGGCACGUCCCCGGAGCUGACGCACGCGCAAGACGGCAUGGCGAAAGGGUGUGUGGCCAUGGCGCCUCCUGGGGCAACGCGCGCCUCUCCCAGUGGGCUCUCGGCCUCUGCCUUUGGAUUUCGCCCUGUGCAGCAGCCAGCGUAUUCGUCUCAGGUGUCUCCACACCUACAGCCAACCCAGCAAAACACAUUCCGUUCGCCUUCCUUCUCUUGCGUCUCUUCGACCCCUCCAGCCGCGGGCCUCGCUGCAGUGGACCGUUCGCUUCCUUCCGCGACUUCUCAACCUGCGCAUGCGUCUCCCGCGUCGCUUCCUUCCCUGCCGCCUGCGCUGUACAUGCAGUCGCCUGUCCAGGCGCCCUCUCCUUUCCCCGGGUUUUCUGUGAGUCCUCCACGGCCCGCACCCGGCAGAGCGCAAGACCCGAGAGACGGGAGAGAAGAGAAAGGCGAGAGCGACAGAAUGCGCCUUCUCGCAGAGUAUCAAAGCCGCGUGUCGCUGCCUGCGAUAAGUUCUGCUUUCCUCCCUCCUUGCGCUUCGACUUCGUCGCCAAUCUUUCCCCCCUCUGACCCGGGAGGGCGCGUGCUGGGAGCCCCCGAGCCCGCCAAGCCCCAGGGGAGCUACCCAGUUCCCAGCGAGUCUGCUCACACUACCCUCUCUCCGAAUAUCUGUCCGUCUUCUGCCUCGAGUUCUUCCUCUGCCGCUCCUUUUUCUCCUUUUUCAGUGGGUGGCGGCCUGUCGGCCAUGCCAAGUGCGCAGUCUGCAUCCGGAGCUGCCGGUCGCCGUGCAUGCGGCGAUGAACGACGCGGGGGGCCGAGCAGCGACUCAGCGGCAGGCCGAGGGCUGGGAGCAGGCGACGGAAAAGAGCAAAAAGGCCCUGGGGAGUGCCCCUCAUCUCUGGUUCAAAAUGUCCUCUCUUCUCUUCAUCCGCCGUCGCUCCCUCCGCAGUCGUCGUCGCUCCCUCGGCAGUCGUCGUCGCUCCCUCCUCAGUCGCCGUCUCUCCCUCCUCAGUCGCCGUCGCUCGGUUACGUGGCUUCUCCAGCGGUCUCGGCGUCUCUUGUUCCUCCGGGGACAAGCGCGAGUGGCGCUGCCUACCCGUUUCUCUUGUCUCCAGCGUCCCCGUCUUCGGCGUCUUCGUCUGCAUCUGUUCCGCCUUCCCAGUUUCCUGCGUUUGGCGGCUCGAGCGACCACGAAGGGCACUCCGGCAACGCUCCGACUCCGAGUUGGGCACGCGCUCAAAUGCUUCCACAGCCAGGGGCCAGCUGGUGA